AAGAAAUUUCAUCGAACUUUAUCUAAUAAUUAGAAAUCAAAAAAAUGCAAGAAACGUCGAGUGCAGUGAACAGCAUCAUUAAUAAUCGAAAUCGAGAUUGUUUGGGAUGCAGAAUUUUUAGUGGUUUUGGUCUUAUAGGUUCUGGCUUAUAUGUUUCCCAUCAUUCAAAAAAAUUUCAAAAGACUAUUGGAAAAUCUAUAAUGUAUUCAAUUGGAAGUGCAUUGAUACUCCUCGGCGCUGCUCGAGUUCUCAAUUUACCACCGUUUCGUGAUCAAUUUAAUCAUGGAUAAUCAUAGAUGGAUAUUAAGCAAACAUUGUAACAACUGUUUCAUCCGCUAAUUUGAUAUUUUGAUAUUUUUAACAACAAAUACAAGGUAUAAAAACAAUAUUAUUCGUUUGUACCAACGGUAUUAACAGUUUUGUUACACGUUUAAUAAAUUAAUGUAUUUUUGGAAAAAAGUA